GCGAUAGCAGUGUUCAGGCGCGUGCCACACAGUGACUAAACACGAAAUAAAGAUGUAUAGGUUUACUCGAUCCGCCAUGAUGCAGCCCAUGAUCAGCUCUGGCAUGGGAAUGGCUCCUUUCUUCAGGGUGACCGUGUUCGAGCAGGAGCACUUCCAGGGUAAAUGUCAGGAGUUCACCAACGAGUGCUGCAACAUCCAGUGCUGUGGCUUCGACAACAUUCGCUCCAUCCGCGUGGAGAGCGGCGCCUGGGUGGGUUACGAGCACCACGACUUCCAGGGCCAGCAGUUCAUCCUGGAGAGAGGAGAGUAUCCUCACUGGGACGCCUACAGCGGAAACCUGUCCUACCAUGUGGAGAGACUCAUGUCCUUCAGACCCAUCUACUGCGCUUCUCACCAGAGCAGCCGCAUGACCAUCUUCGAGAGGGAGAAUUUCCUGGGCCGCAACGCUGAGCUGUGUGAUGAUUACCCAUCUCUGCAGGCCAUGGGAUGGUGCCGUCCUGAAGUGGGAUCCAUGCAUGUGCAGUGCGGCGCUUUUGUGUGUUACGAGUUCCCGGGCUACAAGGGCAGGCAGUACAUCAUGGAGUGCGAGAGGCACAGCGGAGACUUCCAGCACUGGAGGAACUGGGGAUCCCACAGUCAAACACCUCAGAUCCAGUCCAUCCGUAGGAUCCAGCACUAAGAAAACCUCCAACCCGCCCCGACACACAACACUCUUCUUCCUCGCCGGUGUCUUUGUACUGCUAGAAACACACACUUUUUCGCCGCACACUCACCAUGGUGUGUGGGACGAGGGUGUGGGUCACAGUUACUGACGAAGACUGACCCUUCAGAGAUGCUCCAAAACAGCUCAGGUGGAACUCAAAACUACACACACUAAUAAAUGCUUGAUAAU